AAAGCGCCCACUGCUUUACGCACCCCACUUCAACCCGCCCGCUUUCACCUACUUACUUACUUUCACCUGUUUCGGUGCCCCAUAGAUCCGAUUUUGCAGCACUGUAUACUAGUAUCUAGUUCACGAUGUUAGGGGAAUCGGCUUCUGAGACUGUUCGCUUACCAACUAUGUCCGAGAUUCAGGCAGCUACAGAACGCCUGAGCAUGUCCGAUGCAUACGACCAAGUCUUCCGUGUGGGAGAGCGUUUCGCGGUGAAAUCGGGCUACGGUGUACCUCUCGUUGAGGCUGAGACCAUGAAGUUUCUCGAAGAGCACCAAGUUCCAGUUCCAAAGGUCCAUGCAUCCUUUAAGGACCCAGACUCUAAAAAAACUAUAUCAUCAUGGAUCACAUCCCUGGCCACAAUAUGCAAUCUGAUCAAGAAUGCGAUAUCGAAGCUACGGAGUAUACCGUCGCCUGGGUACUUCGGGAUGGUGAACCGCCAGCGCUACCUUGAUGGGGUAUUCUGGACUUCGAAAUAUGAUGCAAAGGUGUCCGGCCCCUUCACAAACCAGGAAGACUUUAAUUUUGCCAUCAUCGAGAGACUCCGCCAGACUGAAUCAGAACAGUACAUUCGAUUGUUGGGACCUAUGAUUGAUCGGACUUUGAGCGGUCACCGUCCUGUUUUUACCAACGGUGACCUUCAGCCGAAGAACAUUAUGGUCGAGAAGCUCGGGGUUCGUGAUGGAAAUCCGGAAUAUAAGAUUACUUUACUGGACUGGGAGGGCGCUGGUUGGUAUCCGGAAUACUGGGAAUUUUGCAAUGCGACAAUCGCCUGCAGAUCCAAACCGGAUUGGCUUGAACUCGUGCCUGAUAUACUGGACCAAUACCCGAUGGAAUUUCUCAUGAUGCAGAUGGUGUAUGCUUCGGUAUUCUACUAG